AGCAAAAGUACGUAGAAAAGUGAUCAAAGCAUUUGCCUGGCAGUAUCCUCGUUCUUUCUCAGAAUAGAAAAAGACGUACCUCAUUUCAUCUUAGCUUUCGCACAUUUAAGCUGUUAUUGCUGGAUUAUUUCUUUGGUGGGAAUCUUCUCAUAAUCUAAGACAGAUCGUCCCUUUUCGGUACUUACAUGUGGUUGAUCAUUAUGACUGCAGGUAAAAGUUUAUAUUUUUUUGAUUCAUAGAUUUUGAGUUAAUCAUUGCAUCCCAAUGCAAAGCCUCCCUAGUCCAAACCAGAACAUUGCUCAGCCAGCAUCAGCAGCUCAGCGCAAGGUUCUGGUAUAUAACCCAGACUAUCAUGGUAAAAAAUUUGGAAAGCUUUGGGUACUUGGUCCAAACUACAGGGCAAAUUAUGAUAAAUUUCAGGAGGGUAUUAAAGAGAAAGCUCUUGUCCAUGUACUAUGCAACUCGCAAUGUUUGCGAUCAGCAAUAAUGGGUGCAAUAGGAGAUAUUGAAACCCAAGUAAGGGCUGCUUAUGCUGAUGAUGUGCUGGAUGGUUUGACAUCGGAUGUGGUCCAAGAGAUAAUGGUAGUAGACGGCUGCUUUUUUCUCCUGUUGUCAUUCUCAAUUCUUGGUGCAAAACUAAAGUUCCCGGAGAACGAUCUUGUUUUUGGCACAGGAUGCGUCACUGAAUACAUGGGCAUGUGGCUAGAGUCCAUGUUCUUUGUUGGAAAUCAAAUCCCUUUCAUAGUGCUUGAGAAACUUAUGGAUCUUAGUUUCUUUAAAGUACUUAAACAAACACUUAAAUGUAAGCAGCCACUGGAAUUGGGAAAAAGGACCUUACAUAAGUUCUUGAUUGUUGAUCAGAAUUCAAAACCAAUGGACUUAAUCCAUUGCCUACAAUCCAUCAUGCUUGGUCCAGAAGGUCGCUCAAACAUAGGUGUUGCAAAAAAGGAUGAUGACAUAGGGGACAUUGGUACUGCGACCAAGUUAUGCAAACAUGGUGUUAAAAUACGAAAGCUAGAAGGAGAUUUGGGGAUUAGAGGGAUGCGUUAUGAGUCCAAUGCUUUUGGGGCUGUUUUAUACUUGCCUGUAUUGAGGGUUGACAGACACACAGGGCUCUUAUUAAGGUGUCUUUUAAAGUAUGAGAUAGCUCAGGAACCUCAAGGGGUUGAACCUGAGGUAAUUACUUUCUUUAAGUUUAUUCGUGAGCUGAUUCAUACAACACAAGAUAGGGAAGUCCUUGAGUCUGAAGAAGUUGUUCAAGGACAGUCAACAGACUUACUAGGACUUCUAGGAACUUUGGAUGUCUUGGUUUCAUCUGGCAAUAUGCACUCUAUUAAAAGAGAAAUAGUAGGAAAUCAACCCUGGCAGUGGCGAAAGCCGCUAAAAUGGAUGUUUAUUAUUUCCUCUAUUUUGACGUUAGCAUUUGGUUUUAUGCAAAUGUACUAUGGCAUUCUUUCCUACUACAACCAGGGAAAGCCAUGAGAGGUGAUCUUACUGCAUCCCAAAAGAACACUGACUGUGUUUGUUGCUGAAGAAUAAUGCCCAUUAAUUUUUGAGAAGGAAAGAGACAUGGUUCAUAUUCUUCCUGUUGUUGAAUGCAGAGGUUGCUUCCAUGUUAUCCAUCCAUUGGAGAUAUUGUACGUCUAAUCUUAAUUUUGAAAAGAUUUAAGGGCCUUUGAUUAUGCAUUAGCCAUUUUAUGGAGAAAUGUUUUGUUAAAGAGGUAAGCUGCGGCACUGAUCUUUCUAACUGAGGCUGGAGCUGGGUAAGAGGAGACUUCAGUUUAUUGGGAUCUAUCAGCCAGUCACAUUAGGGCCUGUUGUAUGUUGUUCAGCAAGUGUAUUGUACUAUUGUAAAUUCGUUUGCUUCUCUCUCUAUAGCCAGAGAAACCUACAAAUGCCACGAGGCUGGCGCUGACCAUGAUGAGUCUUCGAUUUUCAGAAUUCAUCAUCUAAUGGCAGUAGGCCUUUUUCUACGUUGUUUAGCAAUUAUAUUUCACACUAGUAAAUUUUUCUCUCUCUCUCUCGGCAAUUUAUUCCACGGAGACCAAGUGCUGCUGAGUUUUAUUUUUUAUUUUUUUCUACUACAUAGCAAUUUUUUUUAAUUUUUUUCUACCUACAUAGUGUUAAUUGAAUUUGUAGCUUCGAACAUUGAGUACACACUAUACUAAGGACUUGAUUCUACUCCCUGCUAAGAUUCUAAGCUCAA